AGAGAGAGAGAGAUAGAGAGAGAGAUAGAGUUUACCUCCAUAUCACAAGAUCAGAUUCUGGAGCGGAAAUUUCACGCCCUUGUCGGGUCGUGUUAUCGUCUAAAAGACGGUUGAGGAUAUUCACGGGCAGAAACAAUAGGCUUCCUCUGGUGUUUCUGCUCCUCGUGCUUCCUCCAGACACAUCGUGUCCUUCCCUGCCUCCUUCACAUGUCGCACGCCUUGCCCUCAGUGUGUCUGGCCGUCUGCCCGGCUGUAGGCUUUUCGUCCAUUUUGAAGGAGAUGCAGUGUAGACUUGCCUGGUGACCGCUCUGCAGGCGCUCCUCUCGUCCCUGGAGGCCGCCAGCCGGGGGCCAGGUUCCCGUGUUCCCCUUCUCUCCAUCUUUUCUGCCUGGACCAAAACCAAACCGCCCGCCACUGGAGUACGCAGCUCGUCCUUUGACCGCGUUGCUUGGAUCAGCACGGCCCGUCCCCCGACCGAGGAGAGCGCAGCGGCUUGACCUCCGUCGACCUUCGGCCGGCCGAUCCUCCACGAACGUCGCCGCCCCGUCGCCAUGGUGCUGUCACAACGGCAACGAGACGAACUAAAUCGAGCGAUCGCCGAUUAUCUACGAUCCAACGGAUACGAAGAAGCAUAUUCCACUUUCAAGAAGGAGGCGGAGUUAGAUAAUAACGAAGAAUUGGAUAAGAAGUAUGCCGGCCUUUUGGAAAAGAAAUGGACCUCAGUCAUUAGAUUACAAAAGAAGGUGAUGGAACUCGAAUCCAAGCUGAAUGAAGCAAAGGAGGAGAUCACCCUGGGCGGGCCCGUAAGUCUGAAGCGCGACCCCAAAGAGUGGAUCCCACGCCCGCCAGAGAGGUACGCGCUGAGCGGCCACCGCAGUCCAGUCACCCGCGUCAUCUUCCACCCCGUCUUCAGCGUCAUGGUGUCUGCUUCCGAGGAUGCAACAAUAAAGGUGUGGGACUACGAGACGGGCGACUUCGAGCGCACGCUGAAGGGCCACACGGACUCGGUGCAGGACAUCUCCUUCGACCAGAGCGGCAAGCUGCUCGCCUCCUGCUCCGCAGACAUGACCAUCAAGCUGUGGGACUUCCAGGGCUUCGAGUGCAUCCGGACCAUGCACGGACACGAUCACAAUGUUUCGUCCGUAGCCAUCAUGCCCAACGGAGAUCACAUCGUUUCUGCCUCCAGAGACAAAACCAUAAAGAUGUGGGAGGUGGCGACCGGCUACUGCGUGAAGACCUUCACGGGCCACCGGGAGUGGGUCCGCAUGGUGCGGCCCAACCAGGACGGCACGCUGAUCGCCAGCUGCUCCAACGACCAGACGGUGCGCGUGUGGGUCGUGACCUCCAAAGACUGCAAGGCGGAGCUCCGGGAGCACGAGCACGUGGUGGAGUGCAUCUCCUGGGCGCCGGAGAGCGCCCACCCCACCAUCCAAGACGCCACCGGCUCCGAGACGAAGAAGAGCGGGAAGGCGGGGCCGUUCCUGCUCUCCGGCUCCAGAGACAAAACCAUCAAGAUGUGGGACGUUAGCAUCGGCAUGUGUCUUAUGACACUGGUCGGCCAUGAUAACUGGGUGCGAGGGAUCCUCUUCCACCCCGGAGGCAAGUUCAUCGUGAGCUGUGCGGACGACAAGACCUUAAGGAUCUGGGACUACAAGAACAAGCGCUGCAUGAAAACGCUGUGCGCCCACGAACACUUUGUCACCUCUCUGGAUUUCCACAAGGCCGCGCCCUACGUGGUCACCGGGAGCGUGGACCAGACGGUAAAAGUGUGGGAGUGUCGCUGAUUUGGACCUUGGCGGAUUGGACCACCACCACCCCCCCAAUUACCCAGGCGCUCCUCUGGAUACCCCCCCCCCCGACCCCCCCACCCCACACACACACACCUCCUCUCCACUCCCCCCCUCACCUAAACCUCAUCCGCACAUCAUCUCCGGCUGCACUUACCCCCCCCCCCCGGUUUAUUUCGCGCUCUCCGGUCCAAUAACUAUCGUCCUUUCUAUGUAAAUUAUUCCUGGAUGUAGAUUGAGCUAUUAAAUGUUACACACACACACAAAAAAAGUAUUGCAUGGUAAUCCAAAAUUGUAUACUGUAAAUUUGCAUAACGUCUAGAAGUACCAUAGGUUUACCACAGGGGGGUGGGGGGGGGGGGGGGCGUCUGUCACUCAACCUCACCGACCAACCGAAGGCUGAUGUGUUUUUUGUUUUUGUUGACUGGGUGUAAAAUGUAGGGCACCAACCCCUCCCCCCCCCCCCCAUAAUUUAAGAAAUGACCGUGUCUUUACGUGUACGAUUUAUUUUUUGUCUAUUUUUUUAUUUUAGGAUAUUCUCCUUUUCUUUUUUUCUGCGAUUCCCUCCUUCACCGCCGUCGUCCGUCGGCGCCGAGCUCGACCGACGGACAGCGCGCGACGCGACCUCAGAUCGUCCGCGGGGGCUUUGUGUCGUCGAAAUAAUCUCUAGCUUUAUAACAUCACCUCUCCAGUGUGCAUACAUACGACUUCUCUUCAUGUGGAACUAGGUAAUAUUUUAAUGGCUGUAUAUACGAAUACUUCAAAAAACUGUUGUCCUUGGACCUCUCGGGGGGAGGGGCUUAGAAAACCCCCUGCUUUGUACUCUCGUCAUGGAGGCGCCUGAGCCGCCGCUAGGCUUUAGAUCCAUCCUCCCAUUUAAUGAACCUGCAGCAAGGAAUGAAAAGUUAGUUGACACCUGAUUUAAUUUGUAGUUCUUGACCUUUGGGCGUGUCUCCCUUUUUUAAGGAGACGAUUUCCAGUAACCUUGCAUGUGAGACUUUUUGUUGGACUGAAGUCUCGGUCCACUUCCGGUCCACUUCCGGUCCCCCUGCCCAGUCAGAUAUGGUUCCGUAUACAAUAGGAAGUACGCAGGCCACGAACCCACAGCGUUGUGUUUUAAAAAAACAAAACAAAAGAAGAAAGAAAACACAAAAGGCAUGAUGAGGAGUCAAAGCGAGAGCCCCCCUGGGUUUGAUAUCUGGGAUGUGCAAAGAUCUCUUAAUUUCUGAGGGGUGAAAUAUAUGUUCUGCAUUCUAAAAAAAACUAAAAUAAAAAUGGUUUUGAGUAAUAAAAUAAAAAACUAAAAAAAUGUAAUAAAAAAAAAAAAUCAGUUUUCUGUGAAAAUAUGAAAUGUACAUUUAGCUUGUUUAAGAGAUCUGGCAAUUUUGUAUUCUCGCACUAAAGGAUGAAUUUAGGAUGGGUUGAGGAGAUGCUAGCGGCAGACGUGCUGCAGAGGGGUCGGAGGCCGAGGUGCUUUCUGAAAGCUCGCCGCGCUGUAAAAAAAAAAAAAGAGGCCGUGGACAGAUCCUGGAUCAGAUCCUGUAAAAGGGGGAGAAUGCAAAAAGCAAUGGAAGAAGGCGAAAACCCUGCAGCUCCUCAAACGUUCAGCUUUUGAUCUUUUUGCGGAGGCGAGACUGGGGAGACGACCAGUCCCACCAGUCCCACCAGUCCUCCGCGCUCCCCUCGGAGGACGCCGCCGCCGCCAAUGAAACAUCUCGCUUUUCACAACUGUAGCUUUUCAAGGUGAUUUCAUUAAUCUUGCACAUCCCCAUGUUUUCACCAAAAUCGUUGGUCCUUUUUAAUGACGACCAAAAAGGCAACAAUUGAAAUUUAAUGAUGUUGAUAUAAAAAAAGAAAAUGCAUAAACGUAUAAUUUCUGAUUUUAGCCUUUUCAUUCCAAUGCAGUUCUUGGCUAAUAAAGAAUUCCACUGCUUAACUGAU